ACAAUGUGGGCCUGGACACUGUGGAUGCUCCCUCUGCUCUGUAAAUUUGGCCUGGCAGACCUGCCAGCUAAGCCUGAGAAUAUUUCUUGCGUCUUCUACUAUACGAAAAAUUUUACUUGCACCUGGAGUCCAGAGAAAGAAGCUAAUUUUAUAUCAUACACAGUCAGGAGAACUUUGUGUUAUUUACGUGAAAAUGAUACUUGUAUUUCUACAAGUAAAAAUGGUUCUUCAUGCUCUUUUUAUUCAAGAAUAACACCACCAGAUAUUUACAUUAUUCAAGUGGAGGCUCAAAAUGCAUAUGGUAUAAUUAAAUCUGAUGUAACAUGUUGGGACUUAUAUACCGUAACUAAAAUUGAGCCACCUAAGAUUUUCAGUGUGAAACCAGUUUUGGGCCUCAAACAAAUGGUUCAAGUAAAAUGGACACAGCCUGUGUUGGCACCUAAGUCAUCUACUUUAAAUUAUACACUUCGAUUCAGAGCAGUAAAUAGUACCCAUUGGAUGGAAGUCAACUUCACCAGAAGCUGUGUGAAUGAAGAAGAAGCAUACAACCUCACAGGGCUGCAAGCUUUUACAGAGUACGUUGUAGCCCUGCAAUGUGUGGCUAACAAGUCAAGGUUCUGGAGUGGCUGGAGUCAAGAAAAAAGGGGAAUGACUGUGGAAGAAGCUCCACAUGGCCUGGAUCUAUGGAGAGUCCUGAGAUCAGACAAAGUGGAUGGAAAAAGGCCAGUGCAGUUGUUGUUGAAGAAGGCAAAAGGAACCCCAGUCCUGGAGAAAGUACUUGGUUACAACAUAUGGUAUUUUCCAGAAAACAAUACUAACCUCACAAAGACAAUGAAUACUACUAACCAGCAGCCUGAACUGUACCUGGGAAACCAGACCUACUGGAUACAUGUGAUUUCUUAUAAUUCUCUUGGAAAAUCUCCAGAGGCCACCUUGAGGAUUCCAGCUAUUGAUGAAAAGUCGUUCCAGUGCAUCGAGGCCCUGCACACCUGCCUCACUCAGGACCAGCUGGUGGUGGAGUGGCAAAGCUCUGCUCCAGAGGUUGAUACAUGGAUGGUGGAGUGGGUCCCAGACUUGGACUCAAAGCCCUUGGCCAUCUCCUGGGAGUCUGUAUCUCACACCAGGAACUGGACAAUCCAGCAAGAUGAACUGAAACCUUUCUGGUGCUACAAUAUCUCUGUGUAUCCAAUGUUGCAAAACCGAGUGGGUGAACCAUAUUCCAUCCAGGCUUAUGUCAAAGAAGGUGUUCCAUCAGAAGGUCCCGAGACGAAGGUGGAGAACAUUGGUGUGAGGACAGUCACAAUUACAUGGAAGGAGAUACCCAAGCAUCAGAGAAAUGGCUUCAUCAACAAUUACACCAUAUUUUACCAAGCUGAAGAUGGAAAGGAAUUCUCCAAGACAGUCAACUUCAGGAUCCUGCAGUAUGACCUGGAGUCCCUGACACGAAAGACCUCUUACACUGUUUGGGUCAAGGCCAGCACCAGUGCUGGGGGAGUUGAUGGCCCCAGGAUAAACUUCAAGACAUUGUCAAUUAGUGUCUUUGAGAUUUUUCUUGUAACUUCUCUGGUUGGAGGGGGCCUUCUUAUUCUCAUCAUCCUGACGGUGGCAUAUGGCAUCAAAAAACCCAACAAACUGAAGCACCUAUGUUGGCCUGAUGUUCCCAACCCUGCUGAAAGCAGUAUAGCCACGUGGUGUGGAGAUGAUUUCAAGGGUAAGCUAAAUCUGAAGGAGUUUGACGACUCUGUGAACAGAGAAGACGGGAUUCUAAAACCAUGUUAUUCACCCAAUGACCUUAUUGACAAGUUGGUGGUGAACUUUGAGAGUUUUCUGGAAGUGGUUUCCACUGAGGAUCCUGGAAAGGUUUGGGAAAAUAUCUUGGGAGGAGAAAAGAAUGAGUACGUGGCCUCCCCAAACAGGCCUUACUGUCUCGCUGUUUCAGCCAAGAUUCCACCCGGAGGGCCCCAGUGCCUGGGCUCAGGGAUGCUAGAGGGGACCUGCCCAGAAGCCAGAGAGCAGCUUCUCCCUCCCGCCCAGGGCUUUGGGCCAGACCAUCUCUGUGAGGAAGGAGCACCAAACCCAUACUUGAAAAAUUCAGUGACAACCAGGGAAUUUCUCGUGUCUGAAAAACAUCCAGAGCAAAUCCACAGAGAAGUUUAA